AUGGCGGCUUGCACGCUGUUGUCGUUGUCAGCAUGGCUUCCUGCUGCUGUCAGAUACUCAGUGACAUUUUUACGUAAAGAUACUGUUCUGACGUCAAAGAAAAUCAGCUGUCUCACAUCCAGCAACACAAUAGAAGGUUACACCACCUGGAGGACAUACAGUUCAUCUGCAUCAUCAUCCUCCUCCUCCUCCUCCUCUGAGCCUCCAGCUGCAAACUUUUGUCCCUCCAGUGACACUGUUGGACACUACAAUUGCCUCGUGCAGUCUGGCUCCCUGAGAGAGGAUGCUCAGCAGCAACAUGUGCUGCAGCAGCUGGUUCACCUGCAGCAGACACUGAGCAACUACAGCAACAGUAUCUACUUGAUCCCACCUCCACCCAGACUAAACUCAAAAGAUGAGAAAGUUAAAGACUCCAGCGUUACAACAGCUGAAAAUAAAGGUGGCGCACCCGCUGACAAGGAAGAACCUGCUCCUCUUCCUCCACCACCACCACCCAGAGGCUUCUAUAUCUAUGGAGAUGUUGGCACAGGGAAGACCAUGCUGAUGGAUAUGUUUUAUUCUCGGGUGGAAAACACUCAUAAAAAGCGAGUGCAUUUCAAUGGCUUCAUGUUGGACAUCCACAAAAGGAUCCACCGGAGGAAACAAAGCCUGCCAAAACGAAGGCUAGGGAAAAUGUUCACCUAUGACCCCAUAUCACCGGUUGCCAUGGAGAUCAGCAAUGAAACCUGCCUCUUGUGUUUUGACGAGUUUCAGGUGACCGACAUUGCAGAUGCCAUGAUCCUGAAGCAGCUUUUCGAGACGUUGUUCAAGACUGGAGUGGUGGUGGUGGCCACAUCCAACAGACCCCCUGACGAUCUGUACAAAAACGGACUUCAGAGGGACACCUUCCUACCUUUCAUCGAUGUGCUGAAGGAGUAUUGCCAGACCAUCUGCCUGGACUCUGGGAUUGACUACAGGAGGCUGGACAAGGCUGCAGCAGGGAAACUCUACUACCUUACAGGGGAACCUGGUGCAGAGGCUUUCUUGGAUUCGCUGUUUGAGGAACUGGCCCUCAGGCAAAAGAGUGUUACAGGUCCUCGGGUGCUCACUGUGCUGGGCAGGGAUGUAACUCUGGAAAAGACCUGUGGCUCCAUCGCAGACUGUACUUUUGAUGAGCUGUGUGACAGACCUCUAGGUGCCAGCGACUACCUGGAGAUGGCACAGCUCUUUGACACUGUAUUCAUCCGCCAUGUUCCUAUCCUGACACUGACUCUGAAGGACCAGGCACGACGCUUCACCACCCUCAUAGACAACUUCUACAACUACAAGGUGAGAGUGGUGCUACUGGCGGCGGCUCCUUUAGACCAGCUGUUUGUCCACUCCGGAGGAGAUGAUGAGAGGGACCGACAGCUGCUGGAUGACCUGGGCCUCAGCGGGGACGCAGGAGAGCGGCUGACUCUGUUCACAGCUGAGGAGGAGAUCUUUGCCUUCCAGAGGACCACCUCCAGACUGAUGGAGAUGCAGACAGAGGCAUACUGGAUGGAAGGAGAUCGCAGCAUCAGCAAAAAAGACACGAACACCUAACAUCCACCUCUACCUCCACCUUCCUGAUAAGCAUAUACCUCCACACAGUACCUCAAUGACUGCUCACUACAACAGGUAGAUAAGGGAGCAAUGUAAAAUAUCCACAGUAAAUAUGUAACCAUUUUCUAACUCAACCAUACUGUAUGGAUGGAUACCUGUACCAUGUGAGUUCCCAUCAUCUUAGGCAUGUGCUUUUAUAUACCUCUCUACUCUUUCAGCCUAUUUUGCCCUUUUCUGUGAAGUGUAAUCUCUCCCCCCCGUGGACUAUUUAUUUGAAAGAAUAUGGAAAGCUCUCCAACAUGUGUGAACCAGAAAGCAAACAGGUGCUCACAUCAAGGAGAGAAAAGGGGACCAAGUGUCUGUCACAGUAGUUGGCUACUGCCCUCUAGUGGGUGAAUGUGAAAAGGGUCAAAUGUCAAGCUGUUUCUGUUUUUACGGAACAAUAUCAGCCUCUGUGUGCUUUUAAAUUCAACCACAGCUGUAUUAAACUUGGAAUAAAUGUGGAAAGUUACUUGAUAUUUUUCUCCAUGUAGCAUAUGAAUGAGUCUGCAGUAUGGGACGCUUGUAUUCCAGGAAAUAAUGAGGCCUUCUCUUUAUUUCUAUGUAGGGUACAGUAGUAGGAUUGUUGGAUUGGUAUUGAUAUAAUCCAGAUCUUGAUUUAUAGUUAACCACAGUUGGUCUUAAACUUGAUUUAGACUUUGCAAAAGUAGUUUGACUGCAGGUGCUUCUUGUUUCAGUGGUUUGACACUUAACCUUAGAGGGCAAUUUGUCAGGCAACAGCAAAGACAAAAACUCCAAUGAUUCAUGACCAAAAAUCAACACUUAAACCUAAAAGCCAAACCAUUUGAUUGUUUGAUAUUAAACAAUGUAUUAAGCUAUAUUGGAAUUGUGUAGUUUAGGAUGCAGUUUAUUAUGCAGACUAAACUCAUCUAUGCUGUUACAUAUG